UCUCUCUGCUCUUCCGAUGGCGGAAGUUCAGAUCAUGGAAGCACACUGAAUUCAAAGUUUCAGCGAAUUCGUGUCAAUCUAGCCGCGUCGCAUUUUGUUCUGCUGCGCCGUCGAAGCAUCAGCGAUCCAAGUCUGAAGUUAUUUAGUUUGGAUGUUUGUGUCUGUUCAAUCGGAAAGCGUAAGGUUGCGGUGUGACUGCUGUGGAUAUGAGAAGUUGUGUCUGAGGUGGAAGAAUUGGUCCAGAUGCUAAUAGUUUAGUGCAGUAUCUGAGGUCAAAGAAUUCAAAAUAAAAUGGUCAGCAUGGGAUUAUAACCCGGAAGUUAUGGAAGAUAUUCGGUUAUCACCACUAAGACAAGGUAGCUUUAAGUCAUCGCUGUCAGGGAGGUCAACUCCGAGGGGUUCACCGACAUACCGGAGAGUGCAUUCUGUCAGAACUCCACGCAGAGAAGGUAGAGGCAGUGGAGGAGUUGUGCAGUGGUUCCGCGGUGGCCGGCUGGUUUAUUGGCUUCUUUUGAUUACUCUUUGGACGUAUCUUGGGUUUUAUGUACAGUCCAGGUGGGCACAUGGUGAUGAUGAUAAUAAAGAGCAGUUCUUAGCUUUUGGAGGCAAACCAAGAGCUGAUGUUUCUGUUUCGGAGCAAAAUAAACAUCUGGAUUCAGUUGCCAGUGAGAGUUUACAUGCCAUAGAAAAUGAUACCAACAAUAGUCAUGUUGGUGGUAAUAAGAGGAUGGAUGUUAUUCUGGCCAAGAAAGAGGAUGUGGCAUCUCGACGGAACUUGAGUGCCAAGAAGAAGACCAGACAAUCUGGGCGUAGUUCACGUGGUAAGACUCGUGGUAAGCAGAAGGCUAGAAAAGUGGUUGAGACUAAAGACUUUGAGGAGCAAGAUCAAGAGCUUCCAAAGACAAAUGCUACGUAUGGUAAGCUUUUUGGUCCUUUUGGAUCACUAGAGGAUAGGGUUCUCGAAUGGAGUCCACAAAAGCGAUCAGGAACCUGUGACAGGAAAUCUGACUUUGCACGCCUUGUUUGGUCAAGGAGAUUCGUCCUAAUCUUUCAUGAACUCUCAAUGACUGGCGCCCCGAUUUCAAUGAUGGAGCUGGCUUCUGAGCUUUUGAGCUGUGGGGCAACUGUUUAUGCAGUAGUUCUCAGCAGGAAGGGUGGCUUGAUGCAAGAGCUCACCAGGAGAAGGAUUAAAGUAAUAGAAGACAAAGCAGACCUCAGUUUCAAAACUGCCAUGAAAGCAGAUCUCGUCAUUCCAGGAUCAGCAGUUUGCGCAUCAUGGAUAGAUCAAUACAUCGAGCAUUUUCCAGCUGGAGGGAGCCAGAUCGCUUGGUGGAUAAUGGAGAAUCGGCGAGAAUACUUUGACCGAGCGAGACCUGUGCUUGACCGAGUGAAAAUGCUGAUUUUUAUAUCCGAAUCACAAGGCAAACAAUGGUUAGCAUGGUGUGAGGAGGAACACAUAAAGCUUAGGUCUCAGCCGGUUAUUGUUCCGCUAUCUGUUAACGACGAAUUGGCUUUUGUAGCUGGGAUUCACUGUUCACUAAACACUCCAACAGUUACGCCGGCGAAGAUGAAGGAGAAGAGACAGCUAUUACGGGAAUCUGUUAGGGCGGAGUUAGGUUUGAAAGAAACGGAUAUGCUUGUGAUGUCUCUUAGCAGCAUAAACCCCGGGAAGGGACAACUUCUUCUCCUUGAAUCCGCCUCGUUGGCCCUUGUAAAAUCACAACAACAAGAAGAAGAGGCAAAAAGGAAUCAGUCAAAAAUAAAGAUUCUCAAAGGAGCCAGGAAAGCAAAGAUUAAUCUCGCUGCAAGACAUCGGUUAAGAGGUUCAUCUCGGAAGCUGAGCAGUAGGUCUCUCUCUCCCGUGGAGAGUAACAUCACAGGCAGAAAGAUUUCUGGAAACACAACAAGGAAGCAAGACCUCAAAAUUCUGAUAGGAUCAGUCGGGUCGAAGAGCAACAAAGUUCCUUACAUAAAAGAGAUCUUAAGCUUCUUGUCAAGCAAUGGCAACUUAUCGGAUUCAGUGCUGUGGACUCCGGCAACUACUCGUGUCGCAUCGCUGUACUCUGCAGCCGAUGUCUAUGUCAUAAACUCACAGGGAAUCGGGGAAACAUUCGGGAGAGUGACGAUCGAAGCAAUGGCCUAUAAUCUUCCCGUACUGGGAACAGACGCGGGAGGGACAAAGGAGAUAGUGGAACACAACGUUACGGGGCUUCUUCACCCGGUUGGCCGUCGUCCAGGUAACAAAGUUUUCUCUCAGAAUCUUCUGUCUUUACUUAGAAACCCUUCCACUAGACUACGAAUGGGAAACCAAGGGCGCGAAAAAGUCGAGAGAAUGUUCAUGAAACGCCACAUGUACAAGAGAUUCGUAGACGUUCUAACCAAAUGCAUGAGACCCUAAGUGAAAACAAACUCAAUAGCUCUUCCUCGUCAUUUUAUUGGUGAUAUUAUCUUCCCAGAUUCUUAUCGAAAUUUGUUCUAGUCGAACGCUUUGUUGCGUGUGGCUCAUGUUAUUCUUUUGUGGUUAUUGCAUUUUGAAAUUCCUAGUUUCCAGCUUUUUUUUUUAUUUUUAUAUCGUAGUCCGAGUUGCCAUUAUUUUAUUGAGAAUUGAAUCUUUUCGGUGCAA